UGCUAACCCGUAUGUACCAAUGCAAUGUUGCAACCUAUGCCGUAAGGUAUUAGUCGAAGAGAUGGAUUAUCAACCGAUGUAUCACUGUACUGCAGUCGCAGAUAUCAGUCCCUUGUAGCGAAAUCAUGAUGUAUGCGCAUUGCCUGUAUCUGAUAACUUCAUGAGGUCCUAGUAGACCAUAAGUAGUCCUAGAUGCUCUUGCCAACUGUUCCAAAAACAGGCAGAUGCCUGAUCGAGCAAGGGAUCUGUCAUCCUGGCUUUUCCGACCGUAUAAUGAUCUUUUUAUAGGUCGCAGAUCGAUCAGGAGGUACAUGGCCCUUGCUUAUCAUUUCCGCAUUAGUAGAAAUUGUUCUGGCUUGCUAGAAUGCCCGCGGGGCAUCUGCUUGAAGUCAGCUGUGUUGCUCACCGCUGGAGUGGUCACUGGGAUGAGCUCGUUCAGCUGCUUCAGCGCAUGCUGCGGAGUCGUAUCGCUAAAGGUAGCCGUACUUCUACUCCUAUCUGCACCGGGUGAGCCACACUGGGACAGGUCCUGGUGGCGUCAUGGACACAUUCCUCCCUGCCCCUGGAAUGACCGAUCAGCCCGGGGAUGAAGGAGAUCGGUUCCAUCCGGCAUCCAGAGUGAUCCGUGGAUCCACGGCUUUUAAACUCAA